AUGAAGAAGGAGUUCGCGCUCCCCAUGGUGCCGGGCAUGACGUGCGGCGAGGAGAUGCUGCGCCGAAACUACCACCGCACACAGAUCAACGGUCCAAAGUACGACACCAUGACGUCCUUCAAGAGCGUCCCCAUCGACAUGACGGCGAGCAACAUGCAGACAAUGUCGUCCGUCGCGAAGUACGCUUCUGGCAUUCCUGUCGACGGAACGGAUGCGGCGCAAGGGACCAUGGGCAGUACGCAGAGUGCCGUCGAUCUCACCGGGCGUGUGCUGCGCUUCUACGGAUACACGAAGGAGCAGGUGCCGGAGAGCUCCCUCGAGUGCGAACGGCUGCGAAAGGUCAUCUUCCACGUCUUUUUGGAGGACAACACGAUGAGCGUGACGGAGCAGUGCGCCGACAACUCCGGAUUCGCCUUCCCCGCUUCGCUGAAGCGCCACAUUGUGCCGCUACCGGACGGCACCCCUAUCACCUUUGCGCACUUCCGCGUCGGCGAUGUCAUCAGUUUCUACGGCCGCACGUACAUGGUGUACGACGCCGACAAGUUCACGCGCGACUUCUACAGCCAGGCGGGUGUCGAGCUCGCGCCGCCGCAGGAAGUGCCGUUGGACGCGUACACACGGCUUCGUAAUCGCCCGGUGGCGAAGGCGCACGACGUUCGCUCCAUCGCCGCCGACAGUCCGCUCAACAACAUGCUGUUGCCGGAGCAGGUGCGGGCGUCGCAGCAGUUCCUCGCGCACGACGGCGAGGUGCUGCGCUGCGACUGCGUCUGGGACGACACGGAGGCGCUGCAUGGGGUGAAGCACUACUUCACGCUGUACUACUUCCUCGCCGACGGCAGCAUCGCGGUGGUGGAGAAGGACUUCCCCAACAGCGGUCGCGACCCGUUCCCCCGCUUCUUUCGUCGUCAGCGCGUCGCCAAGCCAAAGGACGGCAUGAAGUUUGACCCGCAGUCACUUGGCUCCCUCACCUUCAAGGAGGAUGCCAACACAGUGUACUAUACGGAUGAAGACAUACGCAUUGGCAACAUUUUAAAUCUCUUCGGUCGCGACGUGUGUAUUCACGAUUACGAUGAGUACACGCGGAAUCACCUCCGCAAGAAGUUCGGCGUUACGGCGUACGAGCCGAUCCCGGGGGGAAAGACACCCGCAACAGUGCCGAUUGGCUGCCGCAGGCGUGAGAAAACGGUGCAGGAGUUGGAGGAGGCGCAGGAACGCCAGCGUGCAGAGAACCGCAUGCGGGAGUUCGCCGAUGGCGUGGUGAAGUUCCUCAUGCGGCUCGACAACACCAAGUACGAGGAUGAGCUUCGCCGCUUCGUCCUCGCGGUGUACCCAGCCGACAACACCAUCUCCAUCUUUGAGCCGGUGCAGCGUAACAGUGGGAUUGUUGGUGGAAAAUUCCUCCAGCGUCAGCGAUGCAAGCGGCCCGGUGGGGAGUUCUACACAGCGGAUGACUUCUACGUCGGAGCGCGCCUGACGAUCAACAAUUUUCCCUUCAUUCUCCUCUCCUCGGAUGAGCACUCGCUCAACUACAUGGAGACCAACUGCAAGGAGUUCAGUCGCUCCGACAUUAAUCAGGUCGUGCGCAAGCUCCGUGCCAUGCUUGCCAGUAAACAAACGGGCUUAGCCAGUGCCUUCCACGAAGCGGACACGACAAACAAGGGCGGUCUUAAGAUGGACAUCUUUCUGAGCAUCAUGAAGAAGCUCUGUCUGGACAUUUCCGAACAGGAGGUCCUCAGCGUUCUGCGGUACUUUGACAAGCACAACGAGUCGUACGUCUCGUACGAGGAGUUUGUGGGGCGUGUGAUGCCAGAGGGUGCCGCGGUGGCCUCCGACGACCGCCCAUGGGAGGCGAUUGCCGCCGAGGACGCCGAGAAGGAGUCGGCUGCGUUUGUGAAGGACCCAAGCAUCGACGAGGCGAGGCGCGCCAAGGCGCAGGAGACGGCUCUCGCAGCGCGUGCAGCCGCAGAGUUUUUAGAGUUGUACGACCAGCGCCGACAGCUCCUCUUGAAAGAGUUUCGCGCCGUCACAGACUACUCUGCGGAGAGUGUCGUGGGGCCGAACGAGUUCAAGAUGUGUAUUCGCAAGAAGCUGCAGAUACACACCAUCACUGACGCUGAGCUCAAUGCCCUGUGUUCGAAGCUGUUCCCGAAGGAGAUGCCUCAGCUCAGCUUGGAGGAGCUGGUGCGCGUCUUCAACGGCACUUCGACGCUGCCGCGGAACAUGUACGAAAUCCGGCAAGGCGUUUCUCGGUAG